GGAGCGGUGCUCGGGCGCUGGCUGAUCCUGAGGCCGGCCGGAUGCGGGGCCCCGGCUGGGGAGGCUAGGGGGCAGGCCCCGUCUGGCUAUGGGCUGCCUGCAGAGCGUGGCGUGCAAGGCGCGGGUGCGCAGGGAGAACAUCGUGGUGUACGACGUGUCGGCCUCCAUCGAGCCGGGCGCCACCGCCAUCGAGGAGACAUCGCCCAUCGUGCUGCGCUACCGAACGCCCUAUUUCCGCGCCGCAGCUCGCGUCCUCAUGCCGCCUAUCCCGCGCCGUCACACCUGGGUGGUGGGUUGGAUCCAGGCCUGCAACCACAUGGAGUUCUACAACACCUACAGCAACCUGGGCAUGUCAAGCUGGGAACUUCCAGACUUGAGAGAAGGACGUGUAAAAGCCAUCAGUGACUCUGACGGAGUGAGCUACCCCUGGUAUGGGAACACCACGGAAACAGUUACCCUGAUUGGCCCCACCAAUAAAGUUUCCAGGUUUUCAGUCAGUAUGAAUGACAAUUUCUAUCCUAGUGUGACAUGGGCUGUCCCUGUGAGUGAUAGCAAUGUGCCACUAUUGACUAGGAUCAAACGGGACCAAAGUUUUACUACAUGGUUAGUGGCUAUGAAUAUGACCACUAAGGAAAAAAUAAUCUUGCAGACUAUAAAAUGGAGGAUGAGAGUGGACAUUGAAGUUGAUCCCAUGCAGCUCUUGGGCAAGCGAGCCCGCCUGGUGGGGAGAACUCAACAGGAGCAGCCUAAGAUUUUGAGCCGUAUGGAACCCAUCCCACCAAAUGCACUAGUGAAACCCAAUGCCAAUGAUGCCCAGGUCCUCAUGUGGAGGCCUAAGAGAGGUCUGCCUUUGGUAGUGAUACCACCCAAAUAGAAGAUGCAUUUAAAUGAACAAAUGAGGACUUUUGCCACCCUAGUAUGUAUAUCUGAGCCAAAGAAGACCUUUCAGGUUCACCUGCCUUUUGUAACUGCAAGUGGGAAGAGGGCUUCUUCAAUAUAGUGUUACAUGGCAAUGGCCAAUUAUGUGCCACUGUAGGAUAGCUGAAUAUCUGGACUUUGAAAGAAGAAAUGUUAUUCCACACUUCAGGGGCAUUCUCAUGAAGAAGGAGGUUUCUAUCCUAACCUUGAAAUACAAUGAACAUGAAUAUGAUUUCCAGUGCCUGUGGCUAAUGCUGCUU